CUAGUACAGACUAGAGACUACAGAGUUGCGCAGGCGGAGCGAAGUGAUUGGAUGUGACUUUGUUUACAUGUUUUAGUUUUGUGUCAAGCACGCGAUGUCAGUACAUCAAAAUAUGACCAAGAGAACUUUUAGCUAAUUAUCUGACCAGAUUUUUUAAAAAAUUAUGUGAGUUACUCAGUUCAGCGUUGUUAAUUCGAGGUUUUUCGAAAAGGAGAGUGGGAAUAAAAAUGAAUUUCCUGUUAAGUAAGUUGUGUGCAUCUGCAGUUUCAAAAAGUGCCUUUGUUAGGCAAGUCUGUAACAGUAGGCCUGCAUUUCAAUCUGCAUGGAACAUCAGCAGGAAGGGUAAUACGAUUAAUGGUAAUAUCAUACCGUUAAAUCUGCGAGACCUGAGAACAAUAAAAAGAGAAUACACUGCAGUUCUCAAGCUUAUACAAAGAUCCCAACCGAAGACUCUUGGCACCAACAACAACUUCAUCAGAUGUCUACACACAUCAAGACCACAGUCUCAACAGCCAGGAAAGAAACCUGAUAAAGAUGAAGAAGACGACAAGAUAUCGUCUUUACUUGUGAAAGCAUUUCUUUGGAUGCUGACUGCAUACAUGCUAAUAGCAAUUGUUUCCCUGCUAUUUCCAAGCAGCAACCAGCCUGAGGUAAUAAGAUAUGUGUCAUGGAAUGAAUUUGUUCAUCAUAUGCUGGCCAAAGGCGAGGUAGAAGAAGUCAUUGUCCGGCCAGAUGUGGAUAUUGUUACAAUUGUGCUGCAUGAAGGAGCCAUCAUUAAAGGGAAAAAAAUUGAUCAUCGGACAUUCCACAUGAAUAUUGUGGACAUCAACAGGUUCGAGGAAAAGUUACGUGAGGCAGAGCGGAGGCUAGGUAUCACAGUAGACAAUGGUGUCCCUGUUAUAUACGAACGGAGCACUGACACUGCUGGAAAGCUACUUGCCUCCCUCAUUGUGGUUGGUCUUUUAUUAUCCAUGCUUUCACGGAGCCGCAGCCUGAGACCACCGAUCAGCAUGGAUGCCUUUACUCAACUUGGCAGGGCAAAGUUUACACUGGUUGAUCCAAUGACUGGUCCAGGGAAAGGAGUCCAUUUCUCAGAUGUAGCAGGUCUUCAAGAAGCAAAAAUAGAAGUUAUGGAGUUUGUUGACUAUCUAAAGAGACCUGAACAUUACAGGCGACUUGGUGCAAAGGUACCCAAGGGAGCAUUACUUCUUGGGCCUCCAGGAUGUGGAAAAACCCUUCUUGCCAAAGCUGUUGCAACAGAGGCUAAUGUUCCUUUCUUAUCAAUGAAUGGUUCAGAGUUUAUUGAGAUGAUUGGAGGCCUUGGAGCUGCAAGAGUGAGAGAUCUCUUCAAAGAAGCAAGAAAACGUUCUCCUUGCAUUAUAUAUAUAGAUGAAAUAGAUGCAAUUGGACGAAAAAGAAGUGCAGGAGUAGGCCAGUUUGAUGGAGGAGUUGGUGAAGGAGAACAGACUCUGAAUCAGCUGUUAGUGGAAAUGGAUGGAAUGGCAUCGAAGGAAGGUGUCAUCAUGCUUGCAUCAACUAAUAGGGCUGAUGUGUUAGAUAAGGCAUUACUUCGACCUGGUAGAUUUGAUCGUCAUAUCCUAAUUGACUUACCAACAUUUGAAGAGCGGAAAGAGAUUUUUGAGCAACAUCUCAAGAGCAUAUGUCUAUCAGAGCCUCCUGAGGUAUACUCUAAAAGACUUGCAUAUUUAACACCUGGAUUUAGUGGUGCUGAUAUUGCAAAUGUGUGUAAUGAGGCUGCACUCCAUGCAGCUCGAAGCAAACAAAAAUGUGUCACAGGGUCUGACUUGGAAUAUGCUGUUGAGAGACUUGUUGGUGGCACAGAGAAACGUACAAGUGUGAUGUCUCCAGCAGAGAAGCGAACUGUCGCCUAUCAUGAAGCAGGACAUGCUAUAGUAGGCUGGAUGUUGCCACACACUGAUGCACUGCUUAAGGUCACCAUUGUACCAAGAACCUCCUUAGCAUUGGGAUUUGCACAGUAUACUCCCACUGAGCAGCGAUUGUACUCGCAGGAGGAACUAUUUGAACGGAUGUGCAUGGCAUUGGGUGGCCGUGUUGCUGAAUCUCUGACUUUUAACAAGAUAACUACUGGUGCUCAAAAUGACCUGCAAAAAGUUACGAAAAUGGCGUAUGCACAAGUGAAAAUAUAUGGCAUGAGCAAUACAGUAGGGCUCAUUUCUUUCCCAGAGGAUGAAUCGCGUGAAAUUGGGCGUCGGCCGUAUAGUAAAAGACUUGCUGCACUAAUUGACGAUGAAGUGAAUAAGUUAGUGGCUCGUGCUUAUAGCCGGACAGAACAGCUGCUGCUUGAGAAUUCUGACAAACUGAAACAGCUUGCUGAAGCUUUACUUAAAAGGGAGACACUUAACUAUGAUGAUGUAGUGGAAUUAAUUGGACCUCCGCCACAUGGGAAAAAACGCCUCAUUGGCCCAGUGGAAUUUGAAAUGUCAAUCAGUAAAGAUGCUCGUAUGGACAAGCCGCAAAAACAACCAGAGUCUCCUAGUGACCGUCAAGAACCAAGUGCAUCAUCAGUUGUAGGAAUUUGAAGAAGUUGUCAUCCAAACUAAUAAAAUUAUUUAUGUUAAACAUUAUAAUUAUUUAAGUUUAGGUCUCGUUCAUAUAUGCUGUUUAUCAUUUGAUAUUGGUAGUUCAUGCAAAAUAGUAACAGUCAUCAGAAAAUAAAACAAAUUUGGUGUUCUACAUCAA